AUGGCCAUACGGCGAGCAUUAAGGCUUUUGCCAGCUGUUGGCGUCAUUUGCCUGUACAUGAGCUCAUUGCGAAAUGGCUCGUCCAGAGCGUGGGCCACUCCGAGAAGCCCCAGCCAAGAUGCGGCAGUGGGCUAUUACACAGCAGCACUGAAGGGAGCUGCACAGGUCACUGGCCCCGAGAGCUCAGCCUUCAAGCGACUGGCACGGCUUCACUACCAUGCGGUAGAGCUGAGACGCGAGCGGAAGUGGGCCCGAGCAUCAGCGGUGUACCGGACAGCCAUAGCUCUGCAACAGCACAUGCCGGCAGCGAAAGAGGUUCCUGCCUGUGCCGCGGCUGCUUGUACUUGGCUGAACCUAGCGUUGACAGAGCAGAACAACCACCACUUCGAUAAAGCACGCCAAGCUUUUCAAGAUGGGACGCGAUUUGUCCAGGACAUGAUGCAGAAGGAGUUUGACGUGUGGAUUGAUGGCCAGAAUCGACUGCGCUCUCGAACCAUUGCCCAAUCAGAAUGCACAGAGGUGAAAACAGCCUGCAAGUGGCUCGCCACUCUCCUGGUGGCGUGGGGGCUUCUCGAGACCAGGCGAGGUUUCCGAGGCCGUGCGAAGGUGCUGGCAGAACGUGCUUCAAUCCUGGAUGGAAGCAAGGCCAAGGUCCUUUCCUGGAAGGUUGUCCGAGGCAUAUGA